UUUUUAUUUGUUGUCACUUAUAUCGGUUUUUAAAUUUAAAGUCAAAUAUUAACAACAUUUUAGGAAAGUUCCUUAAUAUCUUAAAAUACGGCUGCUGUGGACAUUUUUACCAAGUUUGAUAGAAUUGAAAAAUGGACAAGAUGCUGGCCCACAGGAUGCAGCUUUGGAGGACGACGAACGCAGCGGCGGCCCUUCAAUCCGUUGCCGGCCGUUGGGCCACACAGAACUCCAGUGUGGGCAGAAGAGAUCUCCACCAGCAGAGGUUCAUUCGGGGCAGUCCCCUGCCACUGACAGUCAGCGGGAAAUGGCUGAAUCCCCACCAGUUGCGCUUUGCCAGCGGGGGAGCAGCUGCAGCAGCGGGAGUUAACACGGCACCCGGUGGAGAAUUCAUGCAAGCUGUAUCCACCGUGGAAUUGGUUGAUCUUCCCGACAUACCGGCUGCCCCCACGCCCCCUGUCAUAGGCGCGAAUGGCAUCGACGUUAUGGAUGUGGUCGAUGUGUCUGGGGAGCCUACUUUUGCCUCAAUAGGACUGGGUGGCUGGUCGCCAAUUGGCAUUGUCCAGAACUGCAUGGAGUUCCUGCAUUGUACUUGGGACCUGCCCUGGUGGGGAGCCAUCGCCAUCGGAACCCUUGUGGUGCGCACCAUCAUCUUCCCGCUAGUCAUUGUGGCGCAACGGAACUCUGCCAAGAUGAACAACAACAUGCCACAGAUGCAGAUGCUCCAGCUGAAGAUGACCGAGGCCAGGCAGUCGGGCAAUGCCAUCGAGUCGGCGCGAUACGCCCAGGAGAUGAUGCUGUUCAUGAAGGAGAAGGGCGUCAAUCCGCUGAAGAACAUGGUGGUGCCAUUGGCUCAGGCGCCGCUUUUCAUCAGCUUCUUCAUGGGACUGCGACAGAUGGCCAACACACCAGUGGAGUCGAUGCGUGAUGGAGGUCUUUUCUGGUUCCAGGAUCUCACGCUGGCGGAUCCCUACUAUCUACUACCCAUGAUCACCAGUGCCACGCUGUACCUGACCAUUGAAAUCGGCACGGAUUCCGCACGAUUGUCCGCCGCCAACAUGAACACCAUGAAGUAUGUGCUUAGAGCCUUGCCCAUCGUCAUCUUUCCCUUCACGAUGAACUUCCCCGCUGCCAUCCUGACCUACUGGGCCUGCAGUAACUUCAUAUCGCUGGGCCAGGUGGCUCUGCUGCGGAUACCCGCUGUCAGGGAUUAUUUUAAGAUCGAGAAGAUGCAAACGCACAAGCCAAGCGCACUGCCCCCGAAGAAGGGAUUCGUUGGUGGCAUGAAGGAGUCAUGGGACAACAUGAAGAUCACCAAGGAGAUUGAGGAGCGACAACGUCUAGACGAGAUCAGAUUCGCAAAGGCGGGCAAGGGUCCGCUGGUCAAAACCUUCAAAUAUGAUCCCACCAAGACAACAAAGCCAGGCACCGCGGAGCCGCACAUGCGGAUAAAGGAACCGCCCAAUGACAAGUCAUAGGGUUAGACCGUCGGUGCUGUGUCCUGUUACGUUAACUUAACCCUUUUAGCCCAUAGUAAACUCCCAUUAAACUUUGACAGUUUUGCUGCUAAAAAAAAAUAUAAAAUUGU